AAAAAUAUCAUCUGCACAUACACUAAUAACGUUAAUAAAUAAGAUUAUAUAACUAUUCGAUAAUAUAGACCGCGCGAUGCGCGGGUAAAAAUCUAGUUUUCAUUAAAAACAAGUGACAAAUGACAAGUGAUAAAGUCUGAGAACAAUAAUCAAUCACAAAAAGCACCGUAAUUUGGUGACGGGGAUACAAAAGAAGCGCCAGUCUGAAACCGAAUCCACGUAGCGCCACCACCGUCUUCUCUCUCUAUUAUAUUCUGCUACCUUUCUAGUUUCGCUGCACACAGCAUCACCAUCAGUCCAAGUCACUCUCUACCCAGAAGUACUCCGUAAUACUUUAGGGGUUUCACGAGUUGUUAGCUUUUUCAAAGGUUCCCAUUUGCUUCACUGUCUUCCGAUAAGGGAGAGAAAAUAGCACUAGGGUGGCCAUGGAUCGCCUAACAGGUGCUGCUCAUCUCAUGAUUGUCUCUGAUCUUGAUCACACAAUGGUUGAUCAUCAUGAUCCUGAGAACCUUUCUCUGCUUAGGUUUAAUGCCUUAUGGGAAGCCAAUUAUCGCAAUAACUCUUUGCUCGUGUUUUCAACUGGGAGGUCGCCUACACUUUACAAAGAGUUGAGGAAAGAAAAGCCGAUGCUUACUCCAGAUAUCACCAUUUUGUCUGUGGGAACUGAAAUAACGUAUGGCAACUCAAUGGUGCCAGACAAUGGUUGGGAAGAAUGUUUGAACCACAAAUGGGACAGAAGCAUAAUAACUGAGGAGACGAGCAAGUUUUCUGAAUUGAAACUCCAGUCAGAAACAGAGCAACGUCCGCACAAGGUUAGCUUUUACGUUCAGAAGGAUAAGGCUCAAGAAAUCACAAGAGCUCUUUCCACGCGUUUAGCUGAGCGUGGGUUGGAUGUGAAGAUAAUUUAUAGUGGAGGGAUGGACUUGGAUAUUUUGCCACAAGGUGCUGGCAAAGGUCAGGCUAUGGCAUAUUUGCUUAAGAAACUGAAAAGUGAGGAUCAACUCCCCAAAAACACUCUUGCCUGUGGUGAUUCUGGAAAUGAUGCUGAACUGUUUAGUAUUCCAGAUGUGUAUGGAGUGAUGGUUGCUAAUGCCCAGGAGGAGUUGCUGCAAUGGCAUGCUGCAAAUGCCAAAGGUAAUCCAAAAAUACUCCAUGCAACUGAGAGGUGUGCAGCAGGUAUCAUACAAGCCAUUGGCCAUUUCAACUUGGGCCCUAAUAAGUCUCCUAGAGAUGUUACGGGUGUGACAGAUUCUAAUGAGAUAUCCAGCCCAGCUUAUGAAAUUGUGGAACUGUUUUUGUUUAUGGAGAAAUGGAGGCGUGGGGAAACUGAGAACUCAGAGGCUAAUUUGGCAACGAUAAAAGAUUUUUGUCGUUCAUCUGGCAUUUUUGUCCACCCAUCAGGUGUUGAGAAAUCUCUUGAGGACUGUAUAGAUUCGUUAAGGGCAUCUUAUGGGGACAAACGAGGGAAACAUUUCCGCAUUUGGGUGGAUCAAGUUAUACCUAUGCAGGUUGGUUCAGAUUCAUGGUUAGUGAGGUUCAAGAGGUGGGAGAUCUCUGGUGAAGAAAGGCAAUGUCGCUUGACCACAAUUCUGCUAUGCUCAAAGGAUCUGAAUGAUGCACAAGGUUCCAAAUGCAUGUAUGUGCACCAGACAUGGCUGCACGGAGCAGCAGCGAAGGAUCACAGUUCAACUUCAAACUGCUUCAUCUUCUAAGAUCACCCUCAUAAUCACUUCAAAUUCUCUACUAUUCUGCCCACCCUCGAGGUGAUUAAGAUAAUAGUCACAUUAUACUCUUGUUUCUAUGUGUUAUGUGUUUUCUUUCUUUUGAGAUAAUGUAAGUACAAAUAAAAUUUAAAAGUAUCCCAAUACAUGAGUACAUCUCUUAUCAUAAAUUGUAAAUUUCUGCCUGAGAAGGUGGCUUGACGAUAAUUUUUUUUAGAAUUUAAUACAUGAGUACAUCUCUUAUCAUAAAAUACCUUACCCGAU